AGAGCAAUAAAAAAGGGGGGGGGGGGGAGUUUCUCCAAAUUUCGUUCCAACGUCUCAGACGGCCGCUGCGAGGAAAAGGAAGACAGGGGGGUAGAAAAGGACAGCCCGAGCAAGUGAAAACAAACACACACCCGAUAUAACCUCACCGAUUUAUGGGGUUUUGCAUUUUAGUAGCUUCUACCCAGGGAGUGAAAUCCGGACAGGUUGUUAUAGCUACCCUAAUCCACAGGGGUUCCCCCCCCCCCAGCUAUUUAAACCCCCUAAAUCUUCCUCCCCCUUUUUAAAACUACUUUUUAUCUCUCUGGCUUGUGGGCCAACAUGCCCCUAAUGAGUAUUAAAACACUAUCUCCUCGCAAUUAGCUCAUUCCUGUCUUCCCGUUCCUGAUUGACAGAACCAGUGGAAGCAUACGAAUUUUCCCUUUGGCAAUAAGUGCUGAUUGGAUCCUUCUAAGGAGAACUACUUCAAACUUUUUUUUUUUUUUUUUUUUUUAAUAUUUGCCUUCAGUGUCUUGGCUGAGAGAAGAGUUUUUUACCUCUCUGCGAUUUUUUUUUUCUCGAGAGGAGUUGGGGAAGGAAGAGAGAGGUUUAUUUACCUGCUUGGGCUGAGUUCAUUUGAUCUGAUUGUGUGUGGGGGGUGUUUUUUUUUUAAUCAUUAAAAUCCUGACUCGUCAAUCACAAGCAAGAAAAGCGUUGGCAACCCUUUGAAUUACCCAAACUUUUCCUCCACUUUUGGCGAUGGGCUGUUUUGGAUAUUGCCUGUUCCUUUGUGGGUUGAGUCAAGCCAUGUCAAGCUACCCAAUCUGGUGGUCCUUGGCCAUUGGUCACCAGUAUUCUUCCCUGGGGACUCAACCCAUCCUCUGUGGCAGCAUCCCAGGGCUGGUCCCUAAGCAGCUGCGCUUCUGUCGGAACUAUGUGGAGAUCAUGCCCAGCGGGAAGGCUGGAAAUGGGGAGGCUGCAGUGAGGACGUGGAAUUUGGCACCAUGGUGUCACGAGAGUUUGCGGAUGCCCGGGAGAACAGGCCCGAUGCUCGGUCAGCCAUGAACAGGCACAACAAUGAAGCUGGGAGGACGUCCAUUAUUGAUCACAUGCACUUGAAGUGCAAGUGCCACGGUCUGUCAGGCAGCUGUGAGGUGAAGACAUGCUGGUGGUCCCAGCCGGACUUCCGGGUCAUCGGCGACUACCUCAAGGACAAGUACGACAGCGCUUCUGAAAUGGUGGUGGAGAAGCACCGGGAGUCCCGUGGUUGGGUUGAGACGCUCCGGCCCAAAUACAACUUCUUCAAGGCCCCAACUGAGAGAGACCUGGUGUACUACGAGAACUCCCCCAACUUUUGCGAGCCGAACCCAGAGACGGGCUCCUUCGGGACCCGCGACCGGAUCUGCAAUGUCACCUCCCACGGGAUCGACGGGUGCGACCUGCUGUGCUGCGGCCGCGGGCACAACACGAGGACUGAGAAACGGAAGGAGAAGUGCCACUGUAUCUUCCACUGGUGCUGCUAUGUCAGCUGUCAGGAAUGCGUCCGCAUCUACGACGUUCACACGUGCAAGUAAAGCAGGAAUUCCGCAGACGGGCUCCGUGCGGAGAAACGGAUUUCAGCCUGCUUCUUCUGAGGUUGUGUAGAUGGGCAAGAUCUACUUUUUUAUAUAUAGUAAAA